AUGGAAGGCGCCAAUGCAACAGAUGAUUCUAGAACCGCCGGUGGGAAGCUGAGAUGGACCCUGCAUAUGGAGUGCCUGCUCAUCGAUGUAUGGCAGGAAAAUAUUGAGCACUUGCGGGGAUCGCGAAAAAAUAGCCAUGUGUAUAUGGAGAUGGCCCAGACCUUGAUGGAGGCUGGGUAUGAUGUAUAUUGGAAGGAUAUUAAGACGAAGCUGGAGAACAUGACAAGGAAAUACAAGCAGGAAAAAAACAAAAUGGGGCCAAAUGAUUGGCAACAUUUUGAGACGCUGCAAGCGUUCCUCGGCUCGUUCCGUGUCCAUAACUUGGAGCAGGAUACGGUGGACAACGAGAAUACGACGCAGUACUUUUCGGAGGAAGUUCUAGAGGACCCGGAGGAAUCAAAUCUGAGUGGAAGUCGUCGUUCCGGCAGUUUGCCUCCGGCCAAAAGAGCAAGAUUAGAACAAAAGAGUGAGCUGGUCGAAAUUGCUCGAGAGAGGCUGGAGGAGCAGAAAGCGCAGACAGAAAUUCUGCAACGAAUGGCGGACAGCCAGGAGAAGUUCCAGUCGGAACUUCUCCAAUUUUUGAGGGAGUCCAGGAACUAA